UGUUAAAGUGUACUUGUUGUAACAGUACAUCAGGUUGUGUGUGUGAGUUACUUUAAAAGAAAAACACCAGGACGAGCACUGCUGAUCCUGCACAGUGUGUUGCACCAGUGAACGUCAGGAAUGGGGACCAUCCCAAAUGACAUCAGGAGGCUACUAGAUGAUUGCAAGCUGUUUGUGUCGGAGAUCCUCCAAGACGAGCAGCUCAGUGAAAAUGCGGCAGAGACCCGCAAAAUCUUAUUGAAUAAUUUCAGGGUGGUACACAUGAGAAACCCUCAAGAAUUCCCCUUUCACUCUGACUCGAGGGAGGAAGACGGUUCUGACGACAACCGUAGCUCCAGUCUGGGUCGUUCCGCACCGUCCGACGAUGCUUCGGUGGCUUCCGACUACCAAGAUGACGGAGCAACAGAGUACUUUGAGGACAUUCCCGUCACAGCAGCUCAAGACCUUGGCAACAUUCUGAAGCAGGGCUACUUGGAAAAGAGACGACGAGAUUCCAGCUUUUUUGGCUCAGAGUGGCAGAAGAGAUGGUGCGUUCUCAACAAUUCUGUUUUCUUCUAUUUCGGCAGCGACAAAGAUAAACAGCAGAGAGGCUCGUUUUACAUCAAUGACUACAGUGUUCAGCUUGUCACCAACCUGAGGAAAGACUCCAAAAGGAACGCCUGCUUUGAGCUGUUUGCACCUGGACGCAGGACUUUUCAGUUCACGGCUGGCAGUCCACAGGAAGCCCGUGAGUGGGUGAACCACAUCAGUUUUGUGCUACGAGACCUUAGCUCCAGUACUAUUCCUUACGACGAGGACGAGGAGGAUGUUGAGAGCAACGAUGAGGACGAGACGACCUACGACGACAUUGAUGGGCCGAGCAGCCCUGCUACGCCUUGGCCCGCGGCAGCCGCUCGGGGCUUUCAAAGUGAAGCGGGAAGGCAGAAAGACGAUGACGAGGAGGACGACAGUGACAUCUAUGAGGUUCUACCUGAAGAGGACUUUCCCGAUUCCUCUGCUGACGGUUUGGUGAAAUCCCACAGAGCAGCGUUGGAUUAUGCUAACUACUACCAGGCCGUGUGGGACUGCCAGGCGGAUGCGUCAGAUGAGCUUUCCUUUAUCAGAGGAGACCUCAUCCUUAUCCUCAGCAAGGAGUACAACCUGGACGGCUGGUGGGUCGGUGAGCUGAAUGGCACCGUGGGUAUCGUCCCCAAAGACUUCCUGCACCCUGCCUAUAUCCUGUGAGCUGCAGCAGUGAUGCAAGAGCACGAGGGGGUCUCACUGCUGCUGACUCGACUGCACUAAAGCCACAAAUGUCACGACAACGCCAGGAAACCGUCUACACGCGUGUUCUCUGGGAUGUGAUAUGCUGAGGUCACUAUUAUUUGAGUGAACUAAAAUUGAAUGAAUGACUGUCUAAAACAGGGAUGGAAAAAUGUCACACUUGUUUCAACUUGUGUCUUUUCUUAAAACUUAUCACAAAUCAUUCCAACAAUCUGGACCGCCACUCACAUGUAGGAAUAUCUUGUAAUCCACAUAUGAAUUCCACAAGCCUUCAUUCUGCACUCGAGGAUCUUGAACUCGCACAGCAACAAACUCCUGCACAAAAAAAAGGAGUUGCACGCCUCCUGUUUAAAAAAAUUCUCUUGUCUAUCCAUUGUAGUUAUUUGUUCCAUUCUUGAUCUAUUUUUUCUUCACAUUUAUCACAGACAUACAGGUUUUAGUUCAUUAAACUAAUUUUCAUGUAACAAAGAACACCCAGAGAAUUGAAAAGAAAAAUCCAGUUUCUAAAUAAAGGGGGCAAAUACUUUUCACUGUAAUACAUUUCGAUAUGAGGUGGUUUAGUUAGAAAUUUGGAAAAAAAACACAAACAAAAGGAGAAUAUGUAAAACUUAUUCCUGCCACAUUUUUUUCUAUUUUUGUACUAUUCCAAUUAGGCUUUUGCCGGUAUGAGAUUCUGACGGUAUGAUAACCUUAAGCCAGUGCUUCUCAAUUAUUUUCUGUUACGCCCCCCCGAGGAAGAUGUAAAUGUUCCGCGCUCCCCCAACUCACCGUAAAUAUACUGCAGUAUUAUUUGUCUUUAAAAUUCUUAUCAUUAUAUGUACACCUCUCUGUAACAUUGUAUCCUUUUUAAUAUUAAAGACAGAAAGUAAUAUCGAUCAACUUUAAAUAAAGUGUAAAAAAAAAAAAAAAAAAAA